UGUGGAUAACGGAUACAGAUAGGUGUCGGACAGGCACGGAGAAGAAGCAAAACACUCAGCGAGGAAGCAAGCAAAGAUCGAUCAUGGCGUUCAUGCGGUACGACUACAGGGCGCUGCCGCAGGGGGAGACGACGGUGGAGGAGUUCAGGGCGUGGCUGGCGCAGUUCGACGCGGACGGCGACGGGCGGAUCAGCCUGGAGGAGCUGCGGGACGCGCUGCGCAGCCUGGACCUAUGGUUCGCAUGGUGGAAGGCGCGGGAGGCGCUGCGGGACGCCGACGCCAACCGCAACGGCCUCGUCGACCCCGACGAGAUGGGCAGGCUCUACGCCUUCGCGCGCAGGAACCUCCACCUCAAGAUGGGCGACCUGCAGGAAAGCCAGCUUGAUAGUUUCUGAAUCUCUUUCUGCUCGAUCCGCAUCCGCCCAUCUCCUGCUGUUGUCUGCUGCUAUUACUUUACUUUGUUAGCUGGCUUGGGUGUGCGAUUGCUCGUGCCUGAUUGAUUAGUUUAGGUUGUAAAUAAAUUAUAUAAAGUCGAUUUGUAUUGUGUGUACUACUCUGAAUGAGUUUUUUUUUUUAGUUCUUCAGCUGCAG